AUGGGAAUAGACAUUGUUAACUUCUACAGUAGCUAUGGUAGUUAUCACAACAAUAUUGUGUAAUAUUAGUUUAUCUAAAUAUAGGAACAAAGUCAUUCAUUUAAUUUGUAUACCACUUAUUUUGUUAUCGGCUGUCUAAAUUAUGAAUCAUUAUUCAUUCACAAUUGAUAUAGGAUGUUGUUAACUUAACCUUGGUUUGAUUAUGCUUUUUAUCCUUGCUAUAGUCUAUAUAACUGUGGACUUUUUUAGUGGAGUAAGAUCUUUAUUAUAUAUGAUACAUUAAAGAUUCUUGCUUCCUUAUUUUACAUAGUAAUCACACUUCUACUUAAUUAAUACUUCAUGAAUGCAGAUGAGAUUUAAUGGAGUCAUCAUUUGUGUGUAGCCACCACUUUCUAAGUCACUUGUUGGAUUUUGUAGUUCAUUGGACAUGGAGUAUUUGAAAGUAAUUCUAUUCAAAAAUUUUCUAAUUUUCCUAGAACGAGCACCUGCCCUUUUAGAUAAUAUUCUAUAAAUAUUUGUGGCUCCUGACUUUGUGUUCUUAGAAGUACUUUUUUCAAUGGGUUACAAACCAGAGAUUCAUAAGGCUUGUAAGAAUUAGAUUGAAAAAAGUAUCAAACAAUUCAGAAAUGAAAAGAAAUAAAAAUGA